UGAAGGAACUAAUGCUGGGCCGAGCCCAACAGUCUGAUCCCAGAUUAAAGGAAAACGAGGCAAUUCAUUAACGGCUACGGUUUUCUAAAGAACCAAAGGAAGAAGAGGCGGCAAAAAGGCUAUCAGUGUCUUACUCUGCACAGGUAAGAAGGAAGGAAGGAAGGAGACCGAUCUGUUUAGUUUGGUAGCUUAGAAAAUCCUCAGAAUAAGCAAAUCACAUUCUUUUCCAAAACCCAAUUCAUAUGAAAUGUUCAACCAUCAACUUCACCACUCUCCAAUCCCUCCCUGCGCACUUCCGCUCUCUCCUCCGCUCUUGCGCCCGCAACUCCUCUCUUUCCACUGGCAAAAAACUCCACGCCGUUAUCUUUACAUCCGGACUUGCUUCCUCAUCCCCAAACACCUUCCUCCUCAACGCCCUCCACCACUUGUAUGCUGCCUGUGGCGUUACAUCCUCUGCACGCCACCUAUUCUACCAAAUCCCCCACUCACAUAAAGACGUUACAGAUUGGACUACCCUGUUAACCUCCCUUGUUCAACACGGAACCAAACCUUCUGAAGGGUUUUGUUUCUUCAAAGAAAUGAGGAAGGAGGGUGUUGUUCUUGACGAUGUUGCCAUGAUUUCUGUGUUUGUAUUGUGUACGCGUGUGGAGGAUUUAGGGAUGGGAAGACAAGCGCAAGGGUGUCUUGUGAAGAUGGGUUUGGGGCUUGGGGUUAAGGUGUGUAAUGCGGUAAUGAACAUGUAUGUGAAGUGUGGGUUAGUUGAGGAGGUGAGAAGAGUUUUUUGUGAAAUGAAUGAGCGGAAUGUGGUUUCGUGGAGUACACUGUUGGAGGGGGUGGUGAAAUGGGAAGGGGUGGAGAGUGGGAGAGUGGUGUUUGAUCAGAUGCCGGAGAGGAAUGAGGUUGGUUGGACUAUAAUGAUUGCAGGUUAUGUGGGAAAUGGGUUUUCUAGAGAAGGGUUUUUACUAUUGGAUGAAAUGGUUUUGAGGUUCAGAUUAGGGUUGAAUUUUGUUACACUUUCUUCAAUUUUAUCCGCGUGUGCACAAUCAGGGGAUGUCUUGAUGGGGAGGUGGGUUCAUGUUUAUGCUUUGAAGGGAAUGGGAAGGGAGAUGCAUAUCAUGGUGGGUACAGCUUUGGUGGACAUGUAUGCAAAAUGUGGCCGGAUAGAUAUGGCAUCCAAAGUCUUCGAGUACCUACCAAAAAGGAAUGUGGUGGCGUGGAAUGCAAUGCUUGGUGGGCUAGCGAUGCAUGGAAGGGGUAAAUUUGUAUUGGAUAUAUUCCCAAAAAUGAUUGAAGAAGCUAAGCCAGAUGAUCUAACUUUUAUGGCCGUCUUAAGUGCUUGCAGCCACUCAGGUUUAGUUGAUCAAGGCUACCAUUAUUUUCGUAGUCUGGAAUCAGAAUACGGAACAACACCUAAGAUUGAACACUAUGCUUGUAUGGUGGAUAUUCUAGGCCGGGCCGGUCAUUUAGAAGAAGCUGUGAUGUUGAUAAAGAAGAUGCCAAUGUGUCCAAAUGAGGUUGUUCUAGGAUCCCUUUUGGGUUCUUGCAAUGCCCAUGGAAAGUUACAGCUUGGUGAGCGAAUUCUGCAAGAGCUGAUCCAGAUGGACCGGCAUAAUACAGAAUAUCAUGUAUUGCUUUCGAACAUGUAUGUUUUAGAAGGAAAGCAAGACAAGGCUAAUUCACUCAGACAAAUCCUUAAGUGUAAGGGUAUUAGAAAGGUCCCUGGAGUGAGUUCUAUUUAUGUUGGUGGCAAUAUUCAUCAGUUCAGUGCAGGGGAUAAGUCACACCCACUGACAAAGGAAAUUUAUCAUGCAUUGAAUAAUAUGAUUCAAAGGUUGAGAUUGGCUGGUUAUGUACCCAAUACUACUAACCAAGUUUUUCCAGGUUCUGAUAGCAGGGAGGGUAGCAGUGAGGAGAUGGAGGAGAAAGAGCAGGCAUUGUUCUUGCACAGCGAAAAGCUGGCAGUCUGUUUUGGGCUUAUAAGCACAAAACCUGGUGCACCUCUUCAUAUAUUCAAGAAUCUACGCAUAUGUCUAGAUUGUCAUUCUGCUAUUAAAAUUGUUUCUAAGAUAUACAACCGAGAAAUUGUAAUUAGAGAUCGGAAUCGUUUUCAUUGUUUCAAGCAUGGUUCAUGUUCUUGCUCUGAUUAUUGGUAAACAUAAAUGCAAAGCAGAUAUUUGAAGAAAUUAAUUGAUGAGCCGCAUCACGGAGUCCCCGCUUGACUGAAAUGUUUUAGUUCCCUCUUCAUUAAAAUCUGCUCUUGCGUACAAGGACUCAUCAGAUAACAACAUUAUUGUUUUUGGAAUCUGGCUUUGAUCAUCGUGGGAGGGAUUUAAUUACAAAGGGGAGGUUGAAGAAUUGGUUGAAGCUGAAAGAAAGUUGUUUGCAAGGCUGAUGAUGAGUUGAAAAGGAAAAGGCGGUUUCUUUCACAAUGCUGCUCCCCUAGCUUCUUUGAAGGCAUUUUCCUUUACAUUGUUUGCUGAAUGGGGGUGACAAGAGUCAGAUAUCCACCAUAGGCUACUGAUGAGAAUGGUGAUGUUCUCAGUGGAAUUGUUGGGUAAGCUUUGUGUACUACUGCCGCUGUUGUUGGUUGGAAAAGCAUGGUGUCUCAGAUAUUUGAGGAAAUAGUUGCACUGCCUGGUGGAACUCUUUCUUUUGUUUUUAGGAUCCAAUCAUUGCUUUCAUGCAUUCAGAUUCAUCAUCUCACAAAUAGGAUUGAAAUCUGGUUGGGUAAAUCAAAGAAUUCUCAGAGUCAAAACGCUGCCAUUCACCAAGGGCACAGCAAAGGCUAUUUACAGGAGCAAUUGUUCAAUCAGAAACAAACUUAUCGAAGAGAAUAUGUCUCAUCGACAAGAUCAAGCACCAUGCUGUACUAAUUAAAUUUUGUUCAUUAUACACUAUGGUACUUGAUUAGUAUUUUGUUCAUAUCUUGCUUGAAUGAA